AUGGCAAAGGCCGUGAUCGCUCGACCAAGUUUGUAUCGAAUGUCACAACAGUCGUCCCAGCAACCCCUUCAACAGCAGCAACAGGCCCAACAGUAUAGGGAGGCCCAGGUGCCGCGCCCCUCCCAACAACCCUCCACCCCCGAGAAACCGGCAUGGGGAUACGGGUUGGACCUGAUCGGCAGCCAAGCAUCCGCCUUCUGGCAGAACUACCAAGAAUCGCUGGUGCAAGAACUCGAGCUGGAGAGAAAAUCGCGGCAGCACCAGGCGGCCGAGAGGGACCAAGUCAAGUCUCCUCUUCAAGAAUCACGGACGGGUUAUUACAAAAACUCGGUUCUGUUCACGAGCGCAACCUAGAAGAAGAGGGCGGAGGAAGGAAGAAGAGGGGCAGAGCGCGUUCCAGCGAGCAGCCAAAACGAGUGAGAUCGAGAUCGAUCGGUGGAUGGGAGCGCAGCGAGGGGAGGAAAGUGUGCGCGGAGCUCGCACGCGCCCUCCGUCGAGGAUACGGCCAAAUCGAUCGGAAUCCACGCGAUCAUCCGUGCUCGCGGGGGGAGGGAGAGGGAGAGACACUCUUCGUCGUGUGAUUUCGUGCGAUCCUCGUGGGAGGAAACGGCCGUCUAAACGUCUAACGAUUCGUCGAAAGGACGAAUAUCGAGGCGCGUGAACGUCCCCGUGAAAGGAA